CUUUUACUUCACCAGGAUCUGCUCCACCUAACGGGGAAGCGACGACGGCAGUUUAAUCUUUCAUCGUGGAAAAAUAAAAAGAGGUGAACGGCGGGACGAAAACACCAGAAACGGUCUCCGCCUCCAGCCAAGAUGAUCCACAGCCUGUUCCUGGUCAACGCCUCAGGGGACAUUUUCCUGGAGAAGCACUGGAAGAGCGUGGUCAGCCGCUCUGUGUGCGACUACUUCUUCGAGGCUCAGGAGCGCGCAACCGAGCCGGAGAAUGUCCCUCCAGUGAUCCCCACGCCGCAUCACUACCUGAUCAGUGUGCUCAGGCAUCGCAUCUACUUUGUCGCGGUCAUCCAGAGCGAGGUGCCACCGCUGUUCGUCAUCGAGUUUCUGCACAGAGUCGUCGACACAUUCCAGGAUUAUUUUGGAGUGUGUACAGAGGCCGCCAUUAAAGACAACGUAGUAGUUGUCUAUGAACUUCUGGAAGAGAUGCUGGACAACGGCUUCCCGCUGGCCACAGAGUCCAACAUCCUCAAGGAGCUCAUCAAACCUCCCACAAUCCUCCGCACCAUGGUCAACACUAUCACAGGCAGCACCAAUGUCGGUGAACAGCUCCCCACAGGCCAGCUGUCAGUGGUGCCAUGGCGACGCACCGGAGUCAAAUACACCAACAACGAAGCUUACUUUGACGUGGUGGAGGAGAUCGACGCCAUCAUCGAUAAAUCAGGCUCCACCAUCACUGCAGAAAUCCAGGGAGUUAUUGACGCCUGUGUCAAACUGACAGGCAUGCCCGAUCUCACUCUCUCCUUUAUGAAUCCUCGGCUGCUGGAUGAUGUCAGCUUCCACCCGUGUGUUCGGUUCAAGCGCUGGGAAGCCGAGCGGAUCCUCUCCUUCAUCCCCCCUGACGGAAACUUCCGCUUGCUCUCCUACCAUGUCAGCUCUCAGAACCUGGUAGCGAUCCCGGUCUACGUCAAACACAACAUCACCUUCCGGGAGGGGAGCUCUCAGGGCCGCUUUGACUUGACCCUGGGACCCAAACAGACCAUGGGCAAGGCGGUGGAGUCGGUGCUAGUCAGCAGCCAGCUUCCCCGGGGGGUCCUCAAUGCUAACCUCAACCCCUCCCAGGGAACGUACACCUUCGACCCGGUUACAAAGAUGUUGUCGUGGGAUGUCGGAAAGAUCAACCCACAGAAGCUCCCCAGUCUGAAAGGAACGAUGAGCCUGCAGGCCGGAGCCUCCAAACCCGACGAGAACCCCACCAUCAACAUCCAGCUCAAGAUCCAACAGAUGGCCAUCUCAGGGCUGAAAGUGAACCGGCUGGACAUGUACGGGGAGAAGUACAAACCUUUCAAAGGCAUCAAGUACAUGACCAAGGCCGGCAAGUUCCAGGUGCGGACAUAAAGGGCCGGUGCUCAGUGCCCACCGGACCAAACCACCAUGAGACUGAGGGCUGACGUGAGGGGGGGGGGGGCGUGGAGUUGGUACAUUCCCUGUGUUUAUGCAUUUCAGGAUUAACUGAAAAUAUUGAAGGCUCCUUGUAGCAGUUAAGAACGGACCAUUGCACAUCAAAAAGAAAAGCAUCAUAUGUCUCAUAGACGGGUUAGAUCUCUGGACCCAUCUCGAGGUCAGACCCUGAUCCAUCUGUUUCAUUUUAACAGAUUUUUUUUUUUCUUAUUCAUCAUUUUCCUCCUGACCCCCCUGAUGUCACGCUGUCCCACCUGAAGGUCUGUCAGUUUGUGUCCAUUCAGCCUCCAUCAAGGUCAUCACAUUCAAAGUGAUUCUGCAACGUCGUAACGUUGGCGUCCCAGUCUGUGAAUCCGCAGUGCCUUUAUUUACGGCGUUGCUGAAGCAUGACGUGCAGAGACACAGCUGAAGCUCCACAUACACACUCACUCAAACAUGCACACACACACACACACACACACACACACAGCGCUGUUCUCCCCCUGUUCUGUAACGCCUCUGUUACUACCUGCAACGACAGUACAGAGGGGGGAUCAUCUGCUUUUUUUACUCCUUUGAAGCAGGGGUUCCCCAACUUUUCAGCUCGUGACCCCAAAAAUUACGGUACCAGAGUCCGGGUACCCCCCCUGUCCCUGGAGGUGGUUGAGGUAUACAACGUAGCUCACACACUGAUAGGCUGAUCUAAACGCUGGUAAACAAAGAGGACCACCUACACAGCUGCUGACAUGUACAAAUUUCAGUCAUUUUAACACACUAAUCUAAUUUCACUAAAAUAAGGAAUGUGCAGCACUUAAUACAGCAGAGAUCCAGUGUAUCCUGUGUAAAUGUGUCUCUGAGUCAUGACUGUCUACAAUGAGGGAGAAGCUCGAGUCCCGCUGGCUGUGUUGUUGUCAGAGCCGUGUUUAUGUGGACGGGAUGGCCGGCUCCUCCCCUUGUGUAUAAAAGCUGUUUUAGUCAAGAACUAGAGAGAAGAAGAACAUACUCACUGAUUAUUUAGAUGUUAGUAAGAGUUUUUAGAUCACACUCAUUCUGUGUCUAUUUACAUGCAAUUUGAAGCUAAGAGCUAACAUUAGCAUGCUAACACAACAAUGCAGGACACAGGAGAUUGCAGGUAGAGAGAAAACGUAUUCAUGUAAACACGAGUGUAGAGGGGUUGGAGGUGUGUCUCUGGAGGAGAGCGGAGGCUUCAGUAUGGAGGAGGUGUGGCCUAACAGAAGUUUAUUUUGGUUUCAUGCUGGAGCGCAAGGGCGACAUCUACUGGAUCAAAAAGUCACAUGUUCCUUCUUUAAUAUGUUUUUUUUUAAACUGAACUACUUUCUUCUACUAAUUUUCUGAAUAAAAUAUACGAUUUUAAACUAUUUUAAAUUAAGUUUCUUUGGAAGGCAUCUCGGGGACCCCCCCUCCUUGUGGCUCACGACCUCCCCACUUUGGGACCCUCUGCUUUAAAGCAUUGAUAUGUUUUCUGUUCUUUUGUUCUUGUUUUUUUUUUGUUCCUUCGUUACUUGAUGAAGUUGUCUGCAGCACUGGAGUCAGCACACUGACGUACAAGAGUGUGACAUGUGAGCCGUCCUCGAUUUUGCACUUUGACAUCAGCUGGUACUAAAAUGUAAUCAUUCAUUUCAUAACGUUUAACGACCUUUAAAGACAUUUCCAUUUGACUGAUGUAAGGUGGCUGAAGCUGUUUGUUAAUAUGAAGAUGUCUGGAGGACGUUUAGGUCCAGGAUCAGCUGAUUUAUUCAUCUCAUAUUCAUAUUUAUUCAACAAAUUAAUCUUCAAUCAGAGAAAGUUUUGUGUUUGUGUAAAAUGUUUCCCAUGUGUGUUUCCUUUUAUUGUCAUCUCAUGAGCUUUAACUUCACAGAAGCUUUUUAUUUUGAUCAUUUAUGACCAAACAUGACGAGCGAGUUCCUCGUCCGUUUCUCUUCUCUCUUUUUUAUUUUUUAUUUUACUCCUCUCAACCGGGGUCUGAACGCUGUCAUCCAAACGAUCGAUACAGUUCACAUCUGCGUCACAAUCUUUGCAGAGAGAGAAACUAUACGAUGUGCAUUCUGGUAUGUGUUGAACAUGUAUUUAAAGGACACAGUGUUACGGCUGGGUACCUCAGAGGAAAACGCUGAAGGUUUGCAUUAUGUGUGUUUGUUUAUCAGCCUCCAAUGGAGUCUUAUAAUGGUGUAAAAAAACAAUAAAGCUUGUAUGUGUUAUAACAGA